AUGCGGUACGCGGUGAUCAUGGCGGGCGGUUCGGGAACACGGCUCUGGCCGGUGAGCGUGCAGGGCGAGCCGAAGCAGCUCGUCCGAUUCAUCCCGGGCCCGGACGGCGUUCCGCGGUCCCUCCUGCACAUCGCGGCCGAUCGCCUGGAGGGCCUGGUCCCCGGCGCGCAGCGGCUCAUCUGCACGGGCGAGGUGCACCGCGGGCGCAUCAAGGAGGGGAUCCCGGGCAUCACGGACGACCAGAUCAUCGGCGAGCCGAUGCCGCGCGACACGGUGAACGCCGUGGGAUUGAGCGCGGCCAUCCUGGAGAAGCAGGACCCGGACGCGGUCUUCGCGGUGCUCACGGCCGACCAUUUGAUCGAGCCGGAGGAGACGUUCCGAGCGCGGAUGGAGCUGGGGUACCGGCUGGUGGAGGAGGACCCGAACCGCCUCGUGACGUUCGCGAUCGAGCCGACGUUCCCGGCGACGGGGUUCGGCUACGUGAAACGCGGCACGCCGAUCGAGAAGACGGACGGCCUCGCGUUCGAGGUCGAGCGGUUCGUCGAGAAGCCGGACGAGGCGACGGCGAAGUCUUACGUCGACUCGGGCGAGUACGGGUGGAACUCGGGGAUGUUCGUCUGGCGCGCGAGCACGGUGAUGAGGGCGCUGGAGACGUUCAAGCCGGAGAUCGCGCGCGGGCUGCGCACGAUCCAGAAGGCGUGGGGGACGGAGAAGCAGGCGGAGGUGCUCGCAGAGGUCUUCCCGAAGCUCGAGAAGAUCAGCGUGGACUUCGCGCUCAUGGAGCCCGCGACGGACCCGGACCAGCGCGGCGACCUGCAGGUGUGCACGGUGACGAUGGAUCUGGACUGGCUCGACGUCGGGAGCUGGCCCAGCUUCGGCGAGACGCUGGACGCGGACGCCCAAGGCAACGCGCACACCGGCGGGGCGAUCGCGAUGGACUCCUCGGGCACGCUCACGGUGAACCGGUCCGAGAACCACACGGUGUGCCUGCUGGGGUGCGAGGACCUGAUCGUGAUCCACACGGAUCGGGCGACGCUCGUGAUGCCGCGGGGGAAGGCGCAGGACCUCAAAAAGCUGCACGGGACGCUGCCGGACGAGCUGAAGUAA